ACUUGGUUUUGGUUAGUCAAAAUUAUUUGAAAAACAUGAACGUUAAGUUAUGGGUAAAAGGAAUGAAUCCUGUGGAACCUGCAUCGGUAUGUGGAUGGAAAGAAUUUAAUUUGUGCCAAUUAUUGACGAUAGAUGAAGUGGCGAUAUCGAAAAUACACAUACAGUUCGGACAAAUUUACUGUUUUAUUGCGUACGAGAGUAAACUGUACAUAUUUUGCGCUUUAACGUCGGAGCGAAGAACCAUCAGUUUUGAUACGAGCGUUGUAUGUUUAGCAGGAAAUAGUAAGCACUGUUUAGUGCUGUUGGCCAACGGCGAACUGAAGAAGUACGAAUGUUUAGCAGAUCAAUUAGUUUCGCUAAACUUUCUCGGGAUUGAGGCCGAUAAAACGAAAUCUAAGGAAGAUAAAACGACACGUUCAAUCACUCAUUUGGCCUGUGGCGAAUGCGUUACCAUAGCAUGUACAUCGGAUAAUGGCAUAUAUAAUAUUCCCAACCACACGAUCACCCUACCGAGACACGUGCGAGUUAGAAAAGUGGCAACUGGAUUCGAACAUUGUUUAUUACUCACCACGAACGGGGAUGUGUACAGUUGGGGUGGAGGCUUACGGGGACAGCUCGGAAACGGGGAAAUUGUUGCCUUCAAUGAUCAGCCUCGUAUAGUAGAAGGACUCGCGGGAGUAAAAGUAAUUGACAUCGAUGCCGAAGGAUGGCACUCAGCUGCGGUAACUUCCUUUGGUGAUCUGUACACAUGGGGUUGGAACAAUCAGGGUCAGCUAGGAUUACAGGAUUCACAGCACAACGAGCAUGUUGUUUCGCUGCCACAAAUCGUAUCCUUUUCUAACGAUGUAGAAGUAACAGUGAAAAGAGUGCACUGCGGCAUUGGGCACACGGUCGUGGAUGUUACUAAUGCCGAUGGAAGUCAAAACGUGCUAGUUGCGGGAUGGGACUUAGAAAAGCGGUUCCACUAUCGGCAACCAUCGGCAUGUUCAGCUAAUUUCGAGGGCUUUCGCAAGCUCGACGAACCUAUGCACGAUACAGGUGCGCUAUUUGAGCUAGGUACAGGAGCAUACCAGGUUUACUUCCUGCAACGUGUUGAAAACGAAUAAAGCCUGCCUCAAAAUGUCUGCGAAAUGUUACAAAAUCCUUGACCUGAUUCCAUUGUUGCUAUUAAUACGAACUUCGUAAAGAACCGAAAAAGAGCAAAAUACGACGUACAAGUGCGAGGUGAUGCUUCAUAAAGCAGCAAUAUUUUGAGGAAACAAGUUUUGCUGGUUUCAAGUACGCAAGAUCACGCAGAAGGAAGACCACAAAGCGGAUGGCAAAAAACACAGGCAAAACGCGGACACUCACAUAAUCGAGCCGGCAUUGAAAGAAAAUGCAGACUGUAAACGUUGUUCGUCCGAAGUACUACUGGGUGAUCGACACGGUGCAGAUCGCGCAGAUCGUAGGAACUGUGCGCCGCAUGCGUAUGGUAGGGAUUAUGGAAGGAAACAACAUCGGGCAGGAUAUGGUGUUGCUUGAGGCCGGCCGACUAUGUUCAAGGUUUCAGCUGGCCCCAAAAUUGAAAAGAAAUGAGGUCACACCUCACGUCCCACACGGUCGGGACGUCCGCAUCCUUGCCGUGCAGCAUCCUUCCCAUACAAAAAAGCCCUACCACGUGAAACCGCAGGCUAUUCGCAAAAGUCAUGUCUACAUGCAGCAUUUUUAUGAUCAGUGAAACGGAAUUUUUUAUUAUUGCUCUCGUUUGUUUUUUGCUUGCAUUGCAUGCAGUUGCAACGCUUUCGCCGAAAUGUGCUGCUCGGUAAACAAAAGGGCACUGUGAACAGGCCAGCAAUUGCAAGCGACAAGCAGAAGAAAGGAAAAAAAACACAACACGUCGAUCAUCACCGAAGAGAAUGCAGGAGUAGGAAGGCCGAACAAAGUAAAAGAAAACCGAAAGACGCGCUUCUUAAAGCCAGACAGACCGACCGGGUCGAACCCUCGAAAAAUUGAGAGUGAAAAUAAGAUCAAGGCCAGCCAGUUUCUUCCUGCCACAGUUCGCACACAACUGGGUUUUAUGUGCAUGCGCAAAUGCAACGCUUGCACUCGAUGCAACGGAGCAAAUGCAUUUUUCGUUGCAUCGAAACGACCGUGUGGUAAUUGUGUGUGCAAUGCAAUCGACGAGGACGAGGACGAAGACGAAUGACGUCGAUGAUGACGACUGCAGCGAUGGAUGGAAGCACAAUGAGGAGGGCAUGGUGAGGAUGAGUGCUUUUGUCCAAAAAUGAGUAAAAUUAUGAGGCCGGACACAGUCGGGGAGGUCUUGGAAGCACGUCCACGUCAGUUGGAACCGGUUCUGUGCGCACACCGGAUCAGCGUCGACGCGAGUUUGUCUGAUUGGUCUGGCUUUUUUGGGGUUGAAUGUGGCCUCGAUCUUUUGUAAUACUGGGCGCACUAAGUGUUCUCUUCCUCCCGCCCAUGCAAUGGGGAACCGGGGACAUGAUCAUUAAAUUGUUACGCCUUGUGAGCAGUUUCACUUUUUUCGCUUCCCAUUUUUGGGGGGAAGAUCGGAACAGUAGGGAUGUGCAUGCGAGUUUUUGAUAGUUCUGUUGUUGCGUUUUUUUGGGUAGUAAUUUUUGGCAAACUCAUUGUGCCGGAGAAAUGCAUUUUUAUUAUGGAUCAUUUGGAAAGGGACUUUGCGGUACGAUGACGCCCAGCGAUCGGUUAGCAGAACGUGCGUAAUUAGUGCAGAACAAAUUGAAGGAUUUUGGCAGGAACGGUGAAGAACCGUUCCUUUGUUCCGACUGGUGCUUGGUUGCGUUUGAUGGCUGCAGGAGUUUUUUUUUGAAAUUGUAAAAAAAAAUAGUUGGGAGUUUCCAAUGAUCCUUUGAUGAGUGGGAUGAAUGUGUGGUUAAAUAAUUAAAUUGUACAUCGUUUGCAUAUCUUAAUAUCUUAUCAUGUGAAUGAAAAGUUCAAUGAUAUGUAAAAUGUUAUGCAUUAAGGUAACUGUUAUACCAUCCUGAUAUGUAGGUUAGAAAGAAAGCAGUAAGCUAACAACAGGUGCAAUAAGAGGAAAGCGUAUUGAAGAAACAGUAUAAAAAAUUGAAUAUUGAUGGUGCUGAUGGCCUUUAGCGAAGUAAUAACGGAACUUGCCCAAAUGAAUUAUCACUUUUCUUUAUUCCACUAAAAAUCCAUUUUUUUACCUUUUAGAUUGAUGUACCACAUGUUGUAUAAGUAUUAAUUACAAUGGAUUGGAUAACAUACAGAUUUUUUUUUAUUCUGUAUUAUUCAAUAUAACAGGGAAAAGGACCAUUUUUCGUGUUUGACCAAUAAUUUUACUAAAUGUUGUUCUGACAUUUUGCAAAAAAUGUUGUCUUUAUCUCCCAAAAAUAAUUUUUGAAGUGGUACAAUUAUAAAAACGAGACUAAUAUGAGUUUUAAGAUAACAGUUGUUUUUGGUAUGUUUUUUCCAAACAAUUUAUACAGGACAGUAUUUGAGCAUAUACAUACGAUUGCGUGACUGCUGUUGUGCCAAAUUUAUUAAUAAAGGCACACCUUGCACGUUGACUUUUUGCGGCUGAAGACAAAGGUAUUACCGUUUUUGUUUUGGACAAUUCCUAUCGUAAAAAAUGAACCAAAUAUCAAAAACCGUUACGGUCAAUUAUUUCGGACACCAGAAACAAAGGAGCCCCGUCCUGCCACUUAUGGCAGUAUUUAGGGAUGGUUUUUUUUGUUUUACUUUAAAAUUUGUUCAAAUACAUGUUAAUGUUUGAUUGCCUCAGAGGAUUACUAUUCCACAUAAUAUGGGAAUUACACAUGUAUGAUAGCUUUCUUCACCGUGAUGUCGUUGAACUCCAGGAAGUGUUCAUUUUGUAGAAAUUAAAUCAGCCUGUGGAGAUGAAAAAAGGUUUUUUGUUGUAACCGAAAACGUCAUUGCAGUACAUUAGCCCCGACCGGCUUAUCGCUUGCGGUGUUGAUGUACGUCCUUGAACAGUGAAGAUCUCCGACGUAACGAUGUCUACUGUACCAGACCUGAUCAAAAUGCGAACCAAUAAACCAGACGUCUGAGGGCAGCACUCACAUUUCCGUCCAUUUUCAGUUUUCAUACAGUACCGACCGGUGACGUACUAUCGCGACCCUCGCAUAUAUCAGUCGUACUAAGUUUCUUGACAUGCGACAAAAAAAGAAAGAAACGAAAAGCAAAUAAUACAGCAGAUAACGAAAGCGCACGAGCUACGUUGUGUGCGCAAAAACAUACACGCGUGAAAAAAACGGCCAUCACUAAUGUUAAUCAUGCCGCCGUUGAUUCACUGUCCCGGACCUAACCUAAGCUGUUUUGAAGUGAUGCGCUACCGAACAGAACAGAGGACGUCUUUCGGGUUCAACGAAUUAGAAACAUUGAACUGUGCGACCAACAGACGCAACCGCAUGUUAGCGGUAGCCGUUGAACAACGGCUCAAGUGAUGGUCAUGCUGUUGUACGAUUUUGUUUGUUUAUUUGCUACUAACUACUAACUGUGCCGUUAUUUGAUGAAACGUUCUUUUUUCUUCUGUAGUAUUUAUUUUUACUGCCGAAAGGGGAAAAUGAAAAAAAAAAACAUCUACCGGAAAUGAUACGCCUCUUUUCCGGUGGUACGGU